CGCGUAAGAAAGAAUAUGCAACGUAAGUCCCUUCUCCUGAAAAAGAGAUAAACAAAGAAGACGUCAACAUUCAAUCUUACCCCAAAUUUCCAUGAAAAAAUUUCUCUCAAAGAAUAUGCAGCAAAAACAGGACUUCUCAACUGACAAUUCCCCAUUAUGUGGGCAUGACAAUUUUCUCUCUUUUUUGUGAAGAAUAAGGAUGUCAAUUAGACCAAGUCGCUCAGAAGUAGCUAUCUUUUCCCCUCACUUUUUGCUCGUAAAUCUGUUCACUCCAUGCAUUUUCACAGUUAGGUUGAAUUUCUACUUCCAGUUAGUUUUUAUUUUGCUUGCAAAUCUUGCUAUCUUUUGACACGUGGUUCGUCGUUUCUUAUACAGGUGCUUAGUCUAUUUCUCUCUUUGACAAAUUCAAACGGGUCAUUAGUUUUUCCUCAGUUUCUUUGCUUCCUCCUGCAUUUUCAUAUCCCAUGGAAACUCUUAAAGCUUCUUCUCUUCUCUGAAUAUGGCUUCUCUUUCUCGUUUCCUCUAUCAAAAUCUGUUUUUGUCACUUACUACUCUAUUUGCCUCUAUUUUCAUCUAUUUGGCUCCUCCGUUAAGCUUCAUCACCACAUUCUUCCUCAGAUUAAGAAGGGGUUAUGCUCCUCUAAACAAGAAAUCAAACAUUACUGAUGUUUUACCCAAAGAAGACUAUAAGAAAGAAACAGAUUUUUCAGAGACAGAGCAGCAGUUAGAUUCUGAGUCUGAUGAUUUUAAGGAUGUUUCUGAAUUCCCUGAUUCGGAAAAUAAUGAGGGUAUUCAGGAAACAGAAUUCUGUUUUACAUUUAAAUUCCCAACCUAUGAAGAAUUUUGUAAGAGCAAGGAAGACAAAGGUGAAUUUUUUAGCUCUGAAUGGAUGCCCUCUACAUGUAACAAUACAAAGGUUGUUACAUGUAAGACAGAAACAGAGGAUAUGAAACAAGUUCAUAGUAAAAGUGAAGCCUUUAAUGAGGAAAGAAAAGGGAAUUUGGGUAGCUUAAUGUGUGAUAAAGUUCAUAGUAAAAGUGAAGCCCUUAAUAAGGAAAGAAAAGGGAAUUGGGACAAUUUAACGUGUGAUGAAGUUCAUUGUAAAGAUGAAGGCCUUAAUGAGGAAAAAAAAGGGAAUUGGGACAAUUUAACGUGUGAUGAAGUUCAUUGUAAAAGUGAAGCCCUUAAUGAGGAAAGAAAAGGGAAUUUGGACAAUUUAACGUGUUAUGAAGAGAAAACUGAGGAAAUGAAUUCCAUGAAAGGAGAAUCAGAUCCUGGAAACAAGCAAUUUCUUGAGGAACCAGAUUUCACUGAUGACUUUUUUCAAUCUGAGAAGGAUUCUAUAUCUACUGAUUCUGAUACUGUGUCAAUUGGUUUUGAGCAUAUGUGUUAUCUUCUGAUGAACAGAUUAGUUGAUUCGUAUAGCGAUGGAUUCUUGACAGAUGAAGACUUUGGAGGAGAAUUUGAGCUUGAUUCCUUAAAGGAUAUUGAAAUGUCAGAGGAAAAUCAAGAAUCUGAUGACAGUGAUAGUGAUAUAAUGGAAGAGCUAAGGAGAUUAGAACAUGAACAAGAACAAAGAUUUUUAUCUGAGGAUGAUUUUCAUGAAGAUAUGGAUAAGCUAUCUGAUGAAAAUGUGGAGUCAAGAAAUGAAGAUGCAAACAAAUUGGAAACAUUGUGGGAACAUCAAGAAUUAAUUGAACAAUUAAAGAUCGAACUUAGAAAAGUUAGAGACACAGGUUUGCCCACUAUUUUGGAAGAAUCAGACACUACAAAAAUGGAAGAUUUGGAGCCAUGGAAGAUUGAUGAAAAGUUCCAACGUGAAGAUUGCAUGAGUGAACUUUAUAAGUUCUACAAGAGUUACAGAGAAAGGAUGCGAAAAUUUGACAUAUUGACGUACCAGAAGAUGUAUGCAAUAGGAUAUCUACAGAAAGAUCCACUAAAAGAUCCAUUUCAACAUGUCUCAAGCCAAAGAGGCUCAGGUCCAAAACUAAAAUCCCUUAUUUCACAAAAUAUUAGGCUGUUCAAACAUAAAAGGAUUGACAAUAUUGACCCAAUGGUAAAGUUUAUCAAAGAAUUGCAGAGUGAUCUGGAAGUGAUAUAUGUUGGACAGAUGUGUCUUUCGUGGGAAUUUCUACACUGGCAAUAUGGCAAGGCUUUAAGUUUGUGGGAUUCUGACCCUCGUGGUAUUCGUACAUAUAAUGAAGUUGCUGGAGAGUUUCAACAGUUUCAAGUUCUUCUCCAAAGAUUUAUAGAAAAUGAACCUUUUCAAGGCCCUAGAGUUCAAUAUUACAUCAAGAGUCGAUAUGAUCUUCGUAAUCUUCUUCAAGUUCCUGUCAUAAGAGAGGACAGAAUGAAAGACAAGAACAAGGCUGCUAGAGGUGGAGAAAAGGGUGAAUAUACUAUUACAAGUGACGUGCUAGUGGAGAUACUGGAAGAAUCAAUACGAAUAUUUUGGCAAUUUGUUAGAGCUGAUAGAAAAUACUCCAGCACAAUGGUGAAGGGUCAAAAGGGAACACAACAUCAUGAGCUUAAAGCCCCGGGAGAUUUAGAGCUUUUAAUGGAGGUCAAAAAAGGUCUUCAAAAGAAAGAGAAGAAGCUGAAAGAUGCUUUGAGAGGUGAAUGCUGCAUAUUGAAAAGGUUCAAGAAGUACAAAGAAGAUGAUUCAGAUCAUGUACUCUACUUUUUCUCUCAAGUAGACAUGAAAUUAGUAGCUAGGGUCCUCAACAUGUCAAGUCUGACAACAGAUCAACUAGUCUGGUGUCACAACAAAUUAAGCAGGAUUAGUUUCCUGCAUAGGAAAAUACUUGUAGAUCCUUCCUUUCUGCUCUUCCCUUGUUAAUAUCAGUCCUGCCUACCCCCACCCCCACCUUUUAGGGUAGAAUUAGAUUAUCAGUAUAUGCCAUCAAAGUGCAUCUUUUGUUGAAAAUUUCCUUUUCUGUUGUUAGAGAGCCAUUUUUCCUGCUGGCUGGAAAAAAAAAAAAAAACUUGUACUAAGUUGUAUAUAUGUAAGGAGAGUUGAGGGGCCAAACAAAAAAAAGGAACUGUCAAGAAUGGGAUUCGAACCCAUGCCCUUUCGGACCAGUACCUGAAACUGGCGCCUUAGACCAACUCGGCCAUCUUGACUUUCGUUCUUGUGUUCAACUUUUUUGAAGUAUAUCAAUUAAAACAACAAAAUUUUCUUCUUUUUACA